AUGUUUUCCCAGACGUCUAAGAAUAACACUCCCAGCACCCCGGCUAUAAGCAGCAAGGCGGCCCAAAAAGCCCCUGCUCGGCCCAAGGACGAUAGCGACAGUGAUGACGAGGAAGACCAGCUCCAAAAGGUGGUACACGCGGCCAUUUUCCUCCGAGGACGAGCUUUGUCUUGGUUCGAGCCUCUGUUGCAGGAAUGGCUUGAUAUACCCCCCGAAGAACGACGCCAAGAAGUCACCGACAUUUUUUCAACCUUCGCAGGGUAUGAACGCACCCUCCGUUCCUUGUUCCAGGAACCCGAUAAGAAACGACAGACCGAACGAGAUUUGGCCAACCUACGACAAACCAAGUCAGCCUCCGCUUAUGCAGCCGAAUUCAGAAGGCUAGCAACAAGGCUGGAUAUGACCGAAGAAACCAAAAUCCUCCAGUUCUACCAAGGACUGAAGUUAGAAAUAAAAGACGAGGUAUCCAAGCUCGACCGACCCGAGGAUUUCCUCGAAAACAAUGGUGGAUGGCAGCAGCCCCGUCACAUGGCGCCCCAGACCUACAGUACAGUUUAUGGUACCCACAGUGGACCUAUGGACCUCAGUGCCACACAAUAUAAGAAGCCCCGUAAAGACCCCAAAAGUGGCAAAUGCUUUAAGUGCGACAGGAUAGGGCACAUCGCCAGAAACUGCCCGAGAAACCAGGAAAAUAUCCCUGAUUUUAGGGGUAAGACCGAAAAACCACGAGGACUUAAUGCCACCAAUUACCAGCAACUACGGCCUGACCAACACAGCACGAUAAGUUGGACCACCUGCUACGAUGACAAUUAUAUAACCCACAAUAGCUCCAAGAUCGACGCAGGAUGGUAUCCAUAA